AUGGUUACCGAAGGAACACCGUCGCAGGGAUCUGGUCAAAGGGAAGAGUCGGGUGAAAAUCUAGACGUCCCAAAUGACCAGACACGGUUUGCAGCGUUGGAACUGCAGGUCCAAACUCUGAAUCAGGGUAGGGACCAGUUGAUCCAACAAAAUGCAGCACUCCUGCAACACCUUGUUCCACCGGUUCAACAGAGCUUGCCACGCCAAGACCUCUCGAAUCCAAACAGGGGUAAUGGGAACUUAGAAGAGCAGGAUACUCAUCCUCCCCGACAUGAGACCGAAGUUGAACAAAGCCAGGUGGGAAACCGACAUAGAGAGGUGAUCCACCCCUUUCUUCCACGGAGUUCCCGACCCCAUGAAGACACUACUGACAUUGAAAAGAUCGAGGAGAUUUCCCACGUUGACCUAGAGAUACAGGAUCUCAAGGCAAAGAUGGAGGGUGUGAUGCAGGCCAUGAAGGGAAAAGGCAUUGCAGCCAUAGAUGGUUUCGUGCAGAAGACCAAUUUGUGGUUCAGCCCCUCGGUUAUGAAAUGCCCUUUGCCAAGCAAAUUUAGAAUGCCCACAAUUGAGAGUUUCGACGGAACUAAAGAUCCCCUCGACCACUUGGAGACUUUUCAGGCGCUUAUGCACCUACACGCGAUGCCAGAUGAGAUCAUGUGCAGGGCUUUCCCAACGACUCUCAAAGGAUCAGCACGGGUAUGGUUCAACAAACUAAAGCCAGGAACCAUCGAAACCUUUGAAGAAUUGAGUAAGGGCUUUGUGGGCCAUUUCAUUGCUGGCCAGAGGCAUAGAAGGCCGGCUACCCACUUCCUUACUGUGAAGCAACAGAAGGGAGAGUCAUUGCGAGAUUACAUUAGUCGUUUUAACACGGAGAUGUUACAGGUGGAGGAAGCGGAUGACAAGGUGGCCCUAGCCGCCUUUAUGGGAGGACUUCAAACCUCAAGAUUCCUCUUCUCUUUAUCAGAGGAACCUCCUACCAGCAUGGCCGAGUUAUUGGUUCGAGCUAAAAGACAUAUGAAUACUGAAGAUGCAAUGAUUGCGAAAAAGGGAAAAGAAGGGGAGGAUAAGAAGUCAGACAAGAAAAGGCCGGCCCUGACGAUCAGAGAUGAAAAGGAAACCAAGUUCCAUAAAGACUAUGGGCACGCUACAGAGGAUUGCUUCGACCUUAAGGAUCAAAUUGAGACUCUGAUCCGAAGGGGGCACAUGCGAAAGUUUGUUGUGGGGAAUGACAGAACCGACAUUAACCCACUAAGAGCUGGCCGAGACAACCACCCUCUUGAUCAACAACCAAUAGGAGAUAUCAGGGUCAUAGCCGGGGGGUGUGCAGGAGGUGGAGAAUCGAGCUCAGCCCGUAAGGCCUAUGCCAGGAGAAUGCGAAGCUCAUCUGAGGUGUGCGAAGUAGGAGUACAGAUUCAACAUCGAAAGAUGCCUCGUUUAGGUGAUCCAGUUAUUACAUUCUCAGAUGAAGACAUGAAGGAUGUGCAGCAACCUCAUGACGACUUUCUUGUCGUCACCAUGAUGAUCGCUAGCUAUAAUACUCGGCGAAGCUUGGUAGAUAAUGGAAGUUCAGCUGAUAUCAUUUUUCUUGAUGCAUUCAGCAAGAUAAAGAUUGGUAAGGAGAAACUCAGACCUACUAGAUCACCAUUGGUGGGAUUCAUGGGAGACAAGGUCUAUCCUCUAGGAGCAGUCAUCCUUCCUGUCACUAUAGGAACCAGCCCAAAACAAGUCACUGUCAUGGUAGACUUCCUGGUGGUGGAUUGUCCAUCUGCUUAUAAUGUCAUCCUAGGAAGAGCGACCUUAAAUUCGAUGAGGGCCAUCACUUCGACUUAUCACCUAUUAAUGCGCUUCCCUACCGAGCAUGGCGUGGGCGAACUAAGAGGAGAUCAGUCCAUUGCCAGAGAAUGCUAUGUUGCCUCUCUCAAAGAAAAGAGGCAGCAGGAGGCUUUGAUUGUCAAUGAAGUUGAAGAGAAGGAGCAAGACCAGGCUAAGCCAAUCGAGGACUUGGUGGAGAUAUGCUUGAAUGACACUGACAUAACAAAAAAGGUGAGGAUAGGGUCUCUGCUCCCCUCAGAUUUCACAAAUAUUCUUAUACAGUUCCUCAGACAGAAUCAAGAUGUAUUCGCUUGGUCACAUGAAGGCAUGCCCGGUAUUAAUCCAACUACGAUUGAGCAUCGAUUAAACACAGAUCCUACAUUCAAACCUAUCAGGCAAAAGCGAAGAACAUUUGUCGCGGAAAGGAACAUGGCUAUAUCAGAAGAGGUGAAUAAGCUUAUGAAAGCUGAUUUCAUCCAAGAGGUUCAUUAUCCCGACUGGUUGGCCAAUGUUGUUUUGGUAAAAAAGGCUAAUGGAAAAUAG